AUGGAAGGAGCCUCGUUCGGAGCGGGCCGGGCUGGGGGGGCCAUUGACCCUGUGGAUUUCGUGAAGCAGCCGCAGACCAUCCUCCGGGUGACAACCUGGAUCUUCUCCAUCGUGGUGUUCGGCUCCAUCGUGAACGAGGGCUACGUGAACAGGGACGGGCAGGAUCCGGAGCUGCUCUGCAUCUUCAACGGCAACGAGAGUGCCUGCGGCUAUGGCAUCGCCGUUGGCAUAAUUGCCUUCUUCGGCUGCAUCUUCUUCCUCGUGCUGGACCUCUACUUCCAGCAGAUCAGCAGCGUCAGGGACCGCCGGCGCGCGGUGCUGCUGGACCUGGGCUUCUCCGGUUCCUUGUCCUUCCUGUGGUUCGUAGCCUUCUGCUUCUUAGCAAACCAGUGGCAGAGGACGACGAUGAGCAGGGGAGCUUGGCAGGGAGCCGACGCUGCCCGGGCAGCCAUCACCUUCUCCUUCUUCUCCAUCAUUGUCUGGGUGGCUCUGGCACUGAAGGCCCUGCAGCGGUACCGCCUGGGCACGGACAUGUCGCUGUUUGCCACCGAGCAGCUGGCAGCCGACACCGGCGUGCCCUACCCUGGCUACCCUGGCGGCAGCGGCGUGGAGAGCACAGACACCUACCAGAGCCCUCCUUUCACCGACACCUUAGAGCCCAACCCUAAAGGUUACCAAGUGCCAGCGUACUGA